AUGGAGCCCUCAGGGUACCCCACUGCGCAGGUGGUCCCCGAGCCCUAUGACAGCUUCAUGCGCUGCCACCUGCGCUACUACGGCUACUUCCGAGGUGAGCCCGGGGCUGUCCCCCCCCCUUGUCCCUCUGGGGUGCAGGACCCCUCGUUUGGGCUCCAGCAACGCUCUUCCCCAAGGCCAGAAGACGGGGCGCUGGAGCCGGUCCGCUCGCGGGGCCGUGGGUUCCCCGGGGAGCCGCGGGCUCUCUUCGCCCUCCCCUCGGCGCGAGGACCCCUGCCUGCUCCCCGGUGGCCCAUCGAGUGCGAAGUCAUCAAGGAGGCCAUCGAGCACAUCGAGUGGGUUCCCCCUGAACCCGAGCCCUUCUGCCAGCCCUCGAGCCACGAGCAGGCGCCGGCGGGCAGCAGUGAGGAGCAGGGCACUGUCGUCUACCACCUCAGCCCAGUGCCCCCAGGUUCCUGCUUCACCCGUGCUCGAGCCGGGGGGGCCCCGGGUCCCCUCUCUUCACCGGCGGCCACCCUGGAGGGCCCCCAGGACACCACGCUGCUGUUCGAGUCGCGCUUUGAGAGCGGCAACCUCCAGAAAGCCGUCAAGGCGGGCCCCUACGAGUACGUGCUGACGCUGCGGCCGGACUUGUACACCGCCAAGCACACCCAGUGGUUUUAUUUCCGCGUGCAAAACACCCGGAGAGACGCUGUCUACCGCUUCACCAUCGCCAACCUGGCGAAGCCCAAGAGCCUCUAUGGCGAGGGCAUGCGGCCGCUGCUCUACUCGCAGCAGGACGCCCGGAGCCGUGGCAUCGGCUGGCGCCGCGUCGGGGCUGAAGUCCGCUACUACCGGGGGGGCGGCGGGGAGGAGCCGGCCACCUUCUGCCUCUCCUGGAGCAUGCGCUUCCCCCACGACGGUGACACCUGCUACUUGGCCCACUCCUACCCCUACACCUACUCGGACCUGCAGCGGUACCUGCGGGCGGUGGUGGGCGACCCGGUGCGCUCGCGGUACUGCGCGGUGCGGGCGCUGUGCCGCAGCUUGGCCGGCAACACCGUCUACCUGCUGACCAUCACCGGCCCGGCCGGCGGCGCGGGCAAGCGGGCGGUGGUGCUGAGCGCCCGCGCGCACCCCGGCGAGAGCGGCGGCUCCUGGGCCAUGCGGGGCUUCCUCGACUUCGUCCUCAGCGCCGCCCCCGACGCCCGGCUCCUGCGCCGGCUCUUUGUCUUCAAGGUGGUGCCCAUGCUCAACCCCGACGGGGUGGUGGUGGGCAACUCCCGCUGCUCCCUGGCUGGCCGUGACCCCAACAGAGCCUACGGGACGGGGUGCCGGGGCUCCUUCCCCGCCAUCUGGCACCUGCGGGCCAUGGUGGAGAGGCUGCUGGCGGAGCGGGAGGUGGUGCUGUACUGCGACUUCCACGGGCACAGCCGCAAGAACAACGUCUUCAUGUACGGCUGCGACGGCGGCCGGGCCGGUGCAGCACCGCGGCUGCGGGAGCGCAUCUUCCCCCUGAUGCUGAGCAAGAACGCGCCUGACAAGUUCUCCUUCCCCAGCUGCAAGUUCAAGGUGCAGAAGAGCAAAGAGGGGACGGGCAGGGUCGUCAUGUGGCGGAUGGGCGUCACCAACAGCUACACCAUGGAGGCGGCCUUCGGCGGCUCCACGCUGGGCGGGAGAAACUCACACUUCACCGUGGAGGACCUCAAAUCGCUGGGCUACCACCUCUGCGACACCCUGCUUGACUUCUGCGACCCCGACCCUGCCAAGUUCCAGCGGUGCCUGGCAGAGGUGGACGCGCUGCUGCGGCAGCGGCUGGGCUCCGGCGAGAGCUGGAGCGAUGUCCCCACCUCAGACCUCGAGUCCAGCACCAGCGGCUCUGACAGCUCUGUGUCUGAGGGACCCCUGGCACGGCCCGGGAGCCCCCGGGGACGGGAGGGACGAGGCACCCGGGAGGACAUUCUGGUGCCGCUGCGCCAUCCAGGCCGGCUGGAGCCGAGGAGGAGGAAGCGGCUGCGGAGCCGCAGAGCGAGGAACGCCCUGCGGCGGCCAAACGCCGUCCACCAGAGCCACGCCGGUGUCCCAGUGCCACCAUGGUCCCUCAGGCCCCGGGGACAACCACAGGUCCCCAACACCACCGGGGGAGGCCGCGGGGUGCCGGAGGAGCCCGAGCAGCCGCCUGGAGCCAUCCCCCGUCAGCCCGACCCCACCGCAGCGGGAAGGGGCUCCCACGGCCGUGCCGCUGCGGGGGACGCCCGGCUGCAGGGGGGCACGAGGGCUACGGGGCCCCGCCGCACGCUGCAGCCUGCCCGUGCCGCCGCCGCCACCACCGCUUCCUCGCGGGGCACGGACGUGGCACUGCCCACACCGGGGGCCGCCGCCGGUGGUCGUGGGGGGCGGCCGGGCCCCGCCAGCCCCCGCUGCUACGCCUGCGCCCGGCGUUAA